GGCCGAGGCGGGGACUAUGAACAGCGCAAUCGCUAUAGAACUCACCGGUUUUUUCCUGGACGGAAAACUCCGGCGGAGCAGUGAAUAGUGUAACAUCUCCACAGUCGGUACACUCAUGUUGCACAGUACCGACAACGAGAAACACGCCUCCAGUUUUCCUUGUGUUACCUCCUCCCAUUGAUUGAACUCGAAAAAAAAAUUAUUAACAACACAUUUACGUCAUGAUUCACCGACUUCGUCGUCAAUUGGCCAGUUGAGAGGAUCGACUGGGACGCGUUUCAAAGUGAUAUACGAUACCCGAUGGCUUCAGACGGAUUAAAUUUGAUGGGCGUCAAUAGUGCUGGGUCGGCCAAUAACGGGAUGAACAGCCCACGGAUUCAAGUGAGCCUGCCGACCAAUUUGAAAAUGCCGCCGCGCUCGCCGAGCCGUGAAUCGGUGGCCACCGAAAUGUCCGUGUCCAGCAGCUACCUGUCCGAGUGCGGCUGGAACAGUAACAAACUGCCGGCCCAUCUCAGUUUCCUGAAAGCCGUGCCAGAGAAUCAGCAGCUGUCGGCGUAUCUGACGCCGAACCGAGGGCCGAGUCCGAUUCCGGGUGGAAGCGGCGGCGGGCGCUUCCUCAGAGUUCCCGGCGCUUCUUCCGUGGGCGUUGGCGGUCGAUCCGUCGACGGCGGCUGGUGGGAAGAGGAAACUGAUCUCAGCGUCAUCAAGAACUUCUCGACUCUCUCCAAAGCCCUGGGACUGCAAAAGAGUUUCAGCACCGGCGAUAUCGUCUCGCUGGAUGAGUCCGGAUCGCCUCUUCACAACAAUGGUGGAGCUUUGAGGGCGUGCGUGUCGGAAGUAGCCAUGGGCGGAAUCCAACAACAAUACGAGCGGAUGCACCCGGUUUUCGGAAUGGGCUCCCGCUCACUGUCGACGUGGGUGGCCGUGGGAGAUGGAGCGGCUAUCCAGAUCUCAUCGCAGCUGCCCUCACCCCAAGGGCGGCCCACUUCUGUCCAUGUCGAUUCCAGCAAAGCCGAUGCGGCGGCUUUUUGCGGCGGCGGAGGCGGCGGUGGAGGGGUCACAUUCACGCCGGCUGAUCUCAUCCUCAAUUUGAACAAGCGCGUGAGGCAGUGUUAUAUACGACGCCGGCUCCUGACAACUUACAAGGCGCUGGAGCGUCUCUCGCAGAGCCAAUUUAAUCUCGAUCAGAUUGCCGCCGUUGCCGAGGCGGCCGGUGGCCAGGUGGAUCUGACGAUGCAGUCGGAGCAGUCACAGUGUCAGUCUCAGCCUUUCGGAAGCGGUGAGGAGUCGUUGAGUGCCAAAGCCGGAUCUGGCGGUAAUUCAUCUCCGCUGGAUGCCACAUGGAUCAAGAGCGCCCUCACUCUCAAUGACGUCGAGCGUGAUCAAGGCCGGCCACUGUCGAAAUACAUGAGGAAUAUGAUGAUCUUCAAUUGGCUGCACACGCUGGAGGACGGCCCAACAGAAAUGCUCUAAAAAAAAAUUGUUACGAUGAAAUCUCAACGAGCUAGACGACGAAUAGCGCCAAAAUGUAUACAAGGAGAAAACCAAAUUAGAUCGCCGAUGGAAAGAGAAGAGUUUGAACAAACACCAUUUCAGUUAUAUUCACAUCUUUCGAGAACUGGUAUUAUGUAUCUACAAUUAUCCGAUUUCUCCUUCUGCGACGGACGAACAAACGAAAACCCCACGGUGUUUCAUUCAGCGAAUGAUUUAUUUUCGUAUACUGUAUGUCGCACUUAUAUACUUGUGUAUCUAUACUUUCCAUUCCACGAUUAUUCUUUCUUUAUAAACGGACCGCGGUUGCUGCUGGGCUACAAAAAGACAGCAUUCACUUUGGGCUGGCAGCAGCUGUGGCUUAUUCUUCACCGA